AUAUCUUGUGCAAGUGGUUGUUGCGGGACUUUUAUUUUGACGGGUGUCUACGGCGGCCGCCAUUUUUGUCUCUGUCUGUUGCGAAGGAGACGCGGCGCUUCUGUUUUAAAUUCACAAAAUCCUUUAAAAUCAUCCAUAUCUGAAACCUGAAGAAUCAGAGCAGAGAUGUAAAACCAGAAACAUGUCUUAAAAGACUCCACACACCCUCCAGACUCGGGAUCAGACAGCAGUGUUUUAGUGAGAUGAAUUAAAGGCCAGUGACUUUUCCAGCGCACAAUCCCGUCACACCGCCGUCACCAUGACAACCUCGGGGCUGCGCAUCGGAGAUCAGGUGGUCCUGGAGGAAGACUACGAUGAAAACUACAUCCCCUCUGAGCAAGAAAUUCACGAGUACGCCAUAGAGAUUGGCAUUGACCCCCAGCGAGAGCCUGAACUGCUGUGGUUGGCCAGAGAGGGCAUGGUCGUGCCACUACAACCCGAGUGGAAACCAUGUCAGGACAUCACCGGUGAAGUGUACUACUUCAACUUUUCGACGGGUCAGUCCACCUGGGAUCACCCCUGUGAUGAACACUACCGCCAACUCGUGAUCCUGGAGCGCCAGCGCGCACAACAGACCCAAACUGCUUCACCUGCAACCGUGACUCCUGCAACACCUGCUGCUCCAGCCGCAGCGAUGGGGGGGAAAGAGAAGAAGAAGAAGAAAGACAAGAAAGACAAGAAGAAGCAGAAGAGUAAAAUUCAGCAGAGCGUCAGAGCUUCAGCAGUGAGUUGA